AUGGCGACUGACAACACAGAACAGAUUGUUUCACAGCCGAAUGACCUCGAGCCCCAGGACACACAACAGUCCGAAACUCCACAAUUGGCUCAAACAUUAGUUGAUCUAAAUCAAACUAUGAGCCACAUGGCAAUGAUGCUGGGCGACUUAUGGCAAAAGUCUCAGGACACAAAUGUAGUGUCACUUCAACAACCAGACGUUGAAGAAUCCCAGCACAGGCGACGGGGGGGAAAAGCGGCGCUCAAAAACGUCGUCCUCGAGGUCGUCCUCAUCUUCAGAAGCUAGCUCGGGUUCUGGAAAUGAGAGUCGGGGUCGUAAACGCCGAAAGCGAAGGUCACACAGCAAAACUCGGCUUGAAAAUAGGGGCGAAACAACCGAUUAUGAGCAGGAUAAAGUGAGCGUACAUGUGCAAGACGAUGAUGAUAAUGUAUCGGUCUUACUGCAAGAUGGCGCCACAAAUGACAAAACAAAUUCAACCGAUGAAACCCUUACGAAUUUAGGGGAAAUGCUUGAAGAUGUUGAAGCUACCGGCGAUGAUAUUACCCCUAAACUGGCUACAAUAGCGGAAAACCGAUGGAAUAAAAAACUAGCGCCUGAAAAGCUAACAUUAAUUCAAGAAAAAUACAAGCGACCCGCCAAUUGCACAACAGUAUGCUCACUAACAGUAAACCCAGAAAUCUGGGCAAAACUGCCGCACUAUCAACAACGGGCGGAUUUAAAUGGCUCGAAAAUACAAGAAUCGGUUCGGAAAGCCGCCCUUAUAUCUCUGCAAACAGCUCAUUCUUUGACUAAUACAAAGUCUAACGAGCUAGAUGUGAAACAGCUCUUAACACAGCAAGUUGAUUCGUUAGCUUUAUUGGGCCACAUAAGUUAUGAGUUGGCCUGCCUUCGCAGACACAAAAUAAAAUCCGUUUUGAAACCAGAAUAUGCCCCAAUAUGUGUUGACGAUGGCACGCAAAGUAAAUAUCUGUUUGGCGAUGAUUUACCCAAACGACUAAAAGACGCCAAAGAGGCGAGCAAUGUGGGGCUAGCUGUGAAUACGAGCAAUUCAAGAAACAACAACUAUCGGGCGCCAAAAAGCUAUGACCAGCGAAAUUGGCGCCAAACACAUGGGGGGCAUUAUUACCAUGCUGGUACUUCACGGUCGGAUUUUUUCCAGCGAGGAAAAUCGAACUACAAGGGGAAAAAAGGUGCAAAAUACCAACCACCUCGCAAGAAAUAAUCGCUCACUUAAAGACAAUAAAUUCAUCUGUUUCUUCAGUAAGUAAAUGGAAAAUUUUUAUUCCUAUUUUAAAGGAUUAUUUAAAACUAUUAUGUGCCAGUUCAAAAGCUGGUCGUAUCUCAAAUCAUUUUUCUGCCUGGACAAGCAUAACAUCAGAUAAAGAGAUCUUAUCUGAUACUCGGGGCAUGACCAUUGAAUUGUCAGGAAUGCCAGCCCAACAUCGCUUUGUCCAAACAAAAUUUAACAGUGCAGAAACUGAGAUCAUUGAGACCGAAAUCAACAAAAUGUUGGGGAAAGAAAUUAUAGAACAAGUCGAACAUACAAAAGAUGAAAUUAUCUCAAACAUUUUUACAAGACCUAAAAAGGAUGGCACUCAUAGAGUGAUCAUUAAUCUAAAAGAUUUCAAUAAACAUGUAUCCUACUAUCAUUUUAAAAUGGAUUCAUUAAACACUAUAGUAAAAUUAGUCGAUAAUGAUUGUUUUAUGGCCUCAAUAGAUCUCAAAGAUGCCUAUUACUCAAUACCUAUUCGGGAAAGAGACAAAAAAUAUUUGAGAUUUUAUUGGCAUAAACAACUUUACCAGUUUACUUGCCUACCAAAUGGGUUGUCGAGCGGCCCUAGAAAAUUUACUAAGAUCCUUAAACCUGCCUUGUCAUCAUUACACAUCAAAGGACACAUUGUUUCCAGUCAUUUAGAUGAUUUCUAUUUACAGGGCAAAACCCCUGAGGAAUGUUGCUCUAAUUUAAUAGAUACAGUGACACUUUUUACACAACUGGGCCUGUUAGUCCAUCCUGAGAAGUGUAAUUUCAUCCCCUCACAAGAAAUAGUGAUUUUGGGGUUUAUAAUAAACUCAGUAAAAAUGACUGUCAAACUGACACCAGAGAAAGCACUAGCCUUAAAGUCAGAUUGUGACCUGUUUAUUAAAAAAUGUCCUGGUAAUAUUGAAAUUCGAGAAGUUGCUCAAAUUAUUGGGAAAAUAGUAUCAAGUUUUCCGGGGGUCCUGCACGGACCUCUUUACUAUCGACAUUUAGAAAGGGACAAAACCUCAGCUUUAGCUAGGAAUAAAGGUAAUUUUGAUGCUAGAAUGACCCUCUCUAAAGAAAGCAUAUUAGAGUUAAAAUGGUGGUCAAACAAAGUAAUAGAUACAUUUAAACCCAUUUCACAUGGGGAACCUUCACUAGUUAUUACAACAGAUGCUUCUCUGCAAGGUUGGGGUGCUGAGUGUCAGACUAUAGCCACUGGUGGAUUGUGGUCACAUUUUGAGGCAAACGAACACAUAAACUAUUUAGAAUUAUUAGCUACCUUUUUGGGCUUGAAGACGUUUGCAAAAACAAGACGUAACCUACAUAUAAGGCUAAUGAUAGACAAUACGUCUGCAGUCGGCAUUAUUAACAACAUGGGUACAAGCCAUUCUCCUAAAUGUAAUAUUUUAGCCCAUCAGGUCUGGAGUUGGUGUAUUGAGAGGCAAAUAUGGAUAAGUGCUGCGCAUAUACCAGGGCGAGAUAAUUUUAUUGCGGAUUUUGAAUCAAGAAGAAAUGAAAAGGCAUCGGAAUGGAUGCUAGAUAAACUACGUUUAGCCAAAGCAUUAAAAGACUUAGAUUACUCACCAAGUAUUGACCUAUUUGCCUCAAGAAUUAAUAAACAAUUUGAUACAUAUGUUUCAUACAGACCAGACCCACAGGCAUCAGCAGUAGAUGCAUUUACUCUAACAUGGAGCUCACUCAUGUUUUAUGCUUUUCCUCCUUUCAGUCUUAUUGGGACUGUUUUAAGCAAUAUCAAGGAAGACAAAGCAAGGGGGUGGUUGUGCUACCAAAAUGGCCAACACAACCUUGGUAUGCGAAAGCCCUUUCCAUGGGGGAAAAACCACCCAUACAUUUACAAGCGUCAAAAGACCUUUUAAUACUUCCCAGCCAUCCAAACGAGACACACCCAUUGUUCAAAAAACUGUCAAUGAUGAUUUGCCUCUUAUCCGGGAAAGUUUAGAGCUCCAAAAUCUGUCAGAGUCCACGAAAGAAAUUAUAAUGGCUUCUUGGCGUAAAGGCACUCAGAAACAAUCGGGCAUUGAUACAGAUAAAUUCACGUGUCACAGCACUCGGGCUGCAUCAACGUCGUGUGUCAAAGCAGUAGGACUUAAUUUUAAAACAAAUAAUGCAAUCUGCUGGCUGGUCCAAUUCCUCUACCUUUGCAAAGUUCUAUGA